GACAUCUUGGAGCACACGAUGACGCUCAAAGAAAUCGUCGGUAUUGAACAGGAUGGUGGUGAAGCAGAGAAAGAAGAAGAAGUCGGAGAUCCCCAAUAUGCUCUUGCUGGAGAGGAGGAUGGCGUCGGAGCCGUAGAUUUCGGUCCGCGGGGCCCGCACCGCCUAGAGUCGAAGAACCUGGUGAAGAGGCUCGUGGACGUGGGCCCGAGCCGGGAGAAGACAAAGCUGAGG